UCAGUAUUGUACAAGUGAUCAUUGCAAGAAGACUUGUAGUGCAGUUUAGGAAAAUUCACUCUCUAAAUUUUCAUCAUUGAGAAACAAAACAUCUUAAAGUGUGAGUGAGAGUAGAGUAAAUUUGGAGACACGUGGUGGGAAGCAUGAGCUGAAAUGCUGAAUGAAUCAGUGUGGGAUUUAAUCGCCAGUCGCAAAGACAUUGACCAGAGGGAGUGCUUUGCAGAGAUUCGCGCGUGUUCUAAUUUACGUAAUAUCUUCUCUAUCAGUGAAAUGGAAUAUAUUUCUUUGAUUUUCAUCCUGCUGAUUGGGGUCCUUGGAGUGAUACUCUGGAUUAGAGUGAAUCUCUGUCGUCCCAGGAAUUUUCCACCAGGGCCACAGUGGUUGCCUUUUGUUGGGAAUUCUCCUCAAAUUCGUCGGGAAGGUCGGAAACUCGGGGGAUUGCAUCGGGUUUAUGAGGAAUGGACUAAGGAGUAUAGGAGUAAAGUUCUUGGAAUGAAAUUGGGAGGUAAUUUCUAUGUUGUUGGAUCAUCUUAUGAUAUUGUACGGGAGAUUCAUAUGCGAGAAGAGUUCGAGGGGCGUCCUAAGAAUUUUUUUAUGCGUCUGAGAACUAUGGGUUCACUGCGCGGAAUCACAUGUGUCGAUGGGGCUAUGUGGGCGGAACAUCGGGCUUUUGCGGUGAAACAUUUGCGAAAUGCCGGCUAUGGGCGCCAACCAAUGGAAUUGAUGAUUGCGGAGGAAAUGGAUGAUUUAAUCAAGCUUAUUGAUAGUCUGAGGGAGGCUGAGGGUACAUUCUGGCCAGGAAAAUACCUACCUGUAUCUGUAUUGAAUGUCUUGUGGACUUUUACGGCUGGUCGGAGGUUGGGUAGAGAUGAUGAGCGUAUUGAAAAACUCCUGCAGCUUUUGCAGCAACGUUCAAAGGCAUUUGAUAUGUCUGGAGGAGUCCUGUCCUCAAUGCCAUGGAUAAGAUUUUUUGCACCUGAAUGGAGUGGAUAUAAUCUAAUCAGGAGAUUUAAUGAAGAACUGAAGAAUUUACUAAUGGAAACCAUUGAGAGACAUCAUGCAACAUACACUGAGGAAAAGUCUUCUGAUGACCUUAUUUAUGCAUUCAUCAAGGAAAUGAAGAUGCAGGAGGACAAUGAUAAGACAACUUUCUCAGAUAUCCAACUGACAAUGGUUAUUCUGGAUAUCUUUAUUGCUGGAUCCCAAACUACUAGUACGACCAUUGAUCUGGCUCUCAUGGCGCUCCUCCUGUAUCCUGCGAUGCAGGAAAAAAUCUACCGCGAAAUUUGUGAAAAUGGCAGGAAAAGCCAUGGAAAUCUCCCUUUCACAGAAGCCUAUCUCAUGGAAGUACGAAGAUUCUUCAACGUCGUACCAAUUUCUGGACCACGAAGGGCUACAAGAGAGACAAAUUUGGGUGGCUACAGAGUGCCUAAGGAUGUUACAAUUCUCAUCAAUUUGCACUCAGUGCACAUGGACGAGGACUUCUGGGGUGAUCCCCAAGUAUUUAGACCUGAGAGAUUCCUCGAUGAUACAGGAAAAAUCUGCAAUGUUGAACGAUUGAUGCCAUUUGGACAGGGAAAAAGACGUUGCCUCGGAGAUACCUUAGCUCGUGCCUGUAUUUUCACAUUUUUCACAGGAAUUGUGGAAAAAUUCAAACUAUCCACUGGUCCUCAGGAUGAACAUCCAGAUGUGAAUCUUCUUCCGGGAAUAACUCUAUCACCGAAACCUUAUAAAGUUUUAUUUGAGAAACGGUGAGAUGGAGGCGCCAGGUUGUAGUAAAGACACUCACAAAUUAACCCUUCGUGAGUUACAAAAUUGAGUUUUUAGCUGCUUUCUAAUUGUACAUCUUUGGAAAUUUUAGUAAUAAAGUUGAUUUAGGAUAAAGAAAAAAA